UCUAGCGGGACAGGUGAGUACGCCAUAUUUGACUGAAGAGUAAGAAUGGCUGAAACCUCUCGUUACGAUCUCUUUCUGGAGAUCUCACAAAACCUUAACAAGACAGAAUGCAGGGAUCUUCGCACCUUUGUAGGAAGCAAUCGACUUUUGCCAGGUAGAGACCUCCAGGAUAUGGAUCCUCAACAGAUCUUUGUGAAACUAGAACACAAGGGGAAGUUGAAGACCGGAGACCUCUCACUAGUUGUCGACCUUAUGACAAAGAUCGAAAGAGACGACUUUGCAAAGGAGGCGAAGCGGAUUGCUGCUCAAGAGAGGAAAGUCUUAAAUCUGCAGAACGAAUCGGAUUCAUCUGACGAGGAUCUCCCAGAUUCUCCAGCAAAACGACCAAAGCUGCCUCAUCAAAGUGCAGGAGUGUGUACAUCCACGGAAGGGGCAGCAGCGGAGCCUGACGGCAGCGGUCCUGAGACAAAGUCUAACAAAAUACGUCAGAAGAGCGUCAUUCCAUUUAGGUACAUCUUCUACAUCAAGAGCGAGGUAAGCAACAAAUGGAAGGAUCUGGCCGGCUUUCUUGGAUUUGACCCUCCGAUUAUCACUAACAUGGCCGGCAGAAACAGUGAUGACAUAUCACGUUGCGGAGACAUGCUGGAUGAGUGGCAGCGGCGGAAAGGAGGCGAUGCGACCAUGGGCGUGCUGAUGGAGGCUCUGACUGAUGCAGAUCUGGGGGCGGUUGUGAAGGAUCUAAAGAAAAAAUACCCUGAGUUGGAAGAGGAGCCGACGCCAGAAGCCAGGCAUAUAGAUAAGGCUUUGAGGGAAGCUGCAGAUCCUCCGAAACCACGUCUCCAGACAAGGAACAAGAAGGAAGCUGAACCUGAAGCUGAUGGAGACUUGGCGGCCCCAGAUGACGAGGGCGAUGGCAACAUCGACGUGAAAGUAAAAGCCUGCGAUGAGGACCUGUGGGAGAAAAUCAUGAAUGAGAAAAGCCCCUACAGAAUGAACAGCAAGCCACGAGGAUGCGCCUUGAUUCUCAACAACACGAACUUCACAAAUCUGCCUUAUCGGAGAGGUGCUGCCGUCGAUCUGAGCAACAUCACCGCUCUGUUGAAGGGACUGUCAUUUGAAACCCACAUUCUCGAAGACAAGAAAGCUGAAGUUUGUGUCCAAGAAUUAUUUUCUUGA